UCGACACAUCAUAAUAGCUUACGAACUAAACGUACACUUACUAGGCUAAGAACUUGAUCAAUUGCACGUUGAGCUGGUUGAGCUCGGUGUAACACAUUACAGUUAACAACAUUCUCUUUUAUCUUCUUCAUUUGUUUCAGCAGAAACUUCCUCACCUGCAUCGAAUGCGAUUAUAAUACACUUGUUUGCUCUGAAGUUGAGAUGAAGUUAAUCUGGAAUGUUCAUGUCUUGAAAUCAAUGGCUACAAACCUUUUUCAUGGUAAAUUUCCCUCCAAUUCUCUCUUUCAAUCUUAUAAUUUCCGAUUUUAUUCCCAUAAUUCUUUUCAAUUUGAUAAUCGUCAUUUGAUUCUUAAUUCUGUUAGAGAACAUUGCAAAUUAGGGUUUUCCAAUCUAAAAUUUCCCCUUUCCCUCUUCAAUCAAUUGAUCUCUUUGCGUCCUCUUCCUUGUGUUAUCGUUUUCAAUCAGUUAUUCACUGCCAUUUCCAAAUUGAAAUACCUUCAUCCUCAUUCCACCAUUAUUUCUCUUACCAGGCAGCUUGAAUUACUGGGUAUUAGGUCCGAUAGGCAUUUCGUUUGGUAUUCUUGCUAAUUGUUACUGUCAUUUAGACACAUGACAGACAAGGGUGUAGCUCCUGACAUCAUUACUUACAAUGCUUUACUUGAUGGUUUUUGUUUGCGUGGUCAGAUGAGAGAUGCAAAAAAGCUACUAAAUACCAUGGCCCAAAAUGGUUGUGAGCCUGAUCUAGUAAGUUUUAAUACUAUGAUCAAUGGAUAUGUCAAACUCAAAAACAUUGACAAGGCUCUUACUAUGUUAGAAUAUAUGUUUCAAAAAGGGAUAACACCGAAUGUUGUAACCUAUUCCACUCUUAUUGAUGGCUUGUGUAAAACCAAUAAAAUUACACUUGCACGGAAGUUUUUCACAGAUAUGCGAGCUCAAGGAGUUGCUCCUGAUGUUGUCAUGUAUAACUCAUUGCUUGAUGGCCUGUGCAAAAGUGCACGGCUGGGUGAGGCAGUGGCAUUACUUGAAGAUAUGGAGGAUAAAGGUAUCAAGCCUACUACUGUCACUUACAAUAUCCUAAUUGACAGCUUGUGUGAGGCUGGGCAACUUGAAGAUGCAGCAAAAUUCUUCUCUAAUCUUGUGUUAAGGGGUCUGCAACCGGACUGUAAUGAUUAAAGGCUUCUGCAAGAAAGGGCUCAUGAAUGAAGCUGCUCAAUUAUUAAGCAAAAUGGACGAAGAUGGUUGCCCCCCUAGUGAUUGUACCUAUAAUAUGAUCAUCCGAGGAUAUAUUCUCAAUAAUGACUUGUUAAAUGCACUAUACUAUUGUGACAUUAUGGUUCGCAAGGGAUUUGAAGCUGAUGCAAACACUUUUUCGCUGUUUGUUAGCCUUUUGCCUUCUGGUAACUUAUGUGAUUCAUCAAAGGACCGACUUCAGAAACUAAUCAAUUGAAUUGAAGUUGAUUCAGCAAAGGACCUUCUGCACGUCUUGCUUGAUGAAAAGAACGUCAAUUAAGGUUUAUACUAAAUUCUGAUGUACUCAUAGUGCUGUUAUUAGAAUAGUUUUGCCUAAACUAUAGUUAAUCAAGUGAUGGUAUUUGUUCUGCUUCACCUUUGAUAUAUUUUAAUGGGCUUAACUAGCUAUAUUUUACACAUUGAUGUUUGAGUGUUUUUUUAAUCAAUGGUAUUGUAAUUAGGAGGGAAUAUUGGAGAACCUUUAUGCUUCAUUAGUUAAUGAAAACAGAAGACAAAUCUUUCUACUAAGUGGGCUUAUUGGUCGAGGCUUAGUUCCACUAAUUUCAUUUGAUAGAUCUUUCAGUGUUUGUGUAUAUCAGCUUACUUUUGUUGCUAGAUUUUGAUAGGUAUAUUUAAUAUUAUAGGCAGUAGUUGCUAGCUGUAACUUUAACUUUUGUACUUAGAUUUGCACAAGAUUGUAUUUGGGGGAAAAAAAAAGCUCUUCUACCUGUUAAAAUAGAUUCUGUACUCAUAAUUUAGGAAGCUACAUUUUUUUUUUCUCCCAAACUAAGUUAAUUGAAGAUCAAACCGUGCUUCAACUUUGCUAGGAGUUUUUAUCCUGUAACCCUGAUCGGGAGAGUCGAUGAAAUAUAGUUACUAGAGGAUCCAUACUCUGAUUCAAAAUACAUCAUUCAGCAAACUGAUAGUACUAUUUAGGGAUGUUAAUGGGGCGGGGCGGGGCGGAUGUUGGCCUUCCCAUCCCCA